UCGGGUUCUAAGUCAUUUCCACUGGCUCAGUGCAGCAGCCAGGUGCUGACUCAGGCAAUGGGGCAAACUCAGCCCGGGGGUGAGGGGUUUGGUUCUGUCCCCCUCGGCCAAUGGCUGCCGACCCCCCCCAUUCUGCGUUUCCAUGCAACUCACGCCCCUCUGCGCCGGGCCUCUCCUGACCAGCGCGAGGGUCUGCGCGACAAAGGCUGCCCUGCCUCAGUGGCCCCCUCCUCCCACAGCUGGGCGUGGGGCCGAGUCAUCUGUCUGGAGAGGGAGAAGCAGGAGGAACAGAGGCUGGUGAAGGCCUGCCAGAACCUGCGGGCCUGCGUUGCAGAGGAGCUCUGCUUCGCUAACAAGGCACUGCUGAUGGUCCGGCGUGCAGCCCUGCGCUCCCUUCUACACUGCGAGCACCUGCAGCACCAGCGCGAGCUGAACCACGGGGGGAAGUCCUUCUACCUGGAGAGGCUGUGAGCACCCAGCUCUGGGGAGCAGCAACCUGCCCACACCGGCCCCCUCGCUCCGCCAAACUGCCACCCACAGCGGCCCAGGGUUCCAUGGGACCCCAAGCUUUGCACCUUACGGCACUUGCCCAUCCUGCCCCAGAGCCGCCCUCCCGACGGGACAGUCGUGGCUGUUGCUAUUUCAGAGACAGCGACAAAACCUCCCGAGAAGAUUAAAGUGUUGAGCUAAGC